CGGUGUGCCAGGUGAAGCGGACAUAGACGUGAGGCUUGACUCUCAAGUCAUCCCAAAGAAAGGGAGUUUCAUGUACCUGGGGUCGAUUAUUCAGGGGGAUGAGAAUAUUGACGAGGAAGUUACGCACCGUAUAGGAGUGGGGUGGAUGAAAUGGAGGCUAGCGUCUGGUGUCCUGUCUGACAGGAAGGUGCCUCCUGAACUAAAAGGAAUAUUCUAUAGAGCGGUGGUUAGGCCGGUCAUGAUUACUGUGCCUUUGUUACUGCUUAGUGUUACUAUUUUGCUCGCUUUUUCUGGUUAUUGUGUUGUUGGUGUUAUCUUUCUGGAUUCCGUUGCUGUUACUGAUACACUGUCUCUUUCCUUCUUGUGCCGAGGGACAUUCAUUAAUAACUUGAAGUGCAAGUUCAGUGACGUGACAGGGGAAGCGGACAAUGACGUGAGGCUUGAUUCACAAGUCAUCCCCAAGAAAGGGAGUUUUAAGUAUCUUAGGUCAAUUAUCCAGGGAAACAGGGAGAUCGACGAGGAUGUCACAGAUCGUAUAGGGGCGGGAUGA